UGAAUACCUGGUCAGCAAGAAACCACUAUAAAAGUUUGAUUUCUCUGAGUUGUUCUUCACAAACCACCAGCCAUGAGAGCUGUUGUGCUUGCCCUGACUGUAGCUCUUGUGGCAAGUCAACAGAUCAACCUUGUCCCUGUGUUUGCCCCUGCUAAGACCUAUGUGUACAAGUAUGAGGCUCUACUCUUGGGCGGUCUUCCUCAAGAAGGUCUGGCCAGAGCAGGUAUAAAAGUCAACAGCAAGGUUCACCUCACUGCUAUGACAGAGAACACCUUUCUGAUGAAGCUCAAGGACCCUCUAAUCCACGAGUAUGCUGGUAUUUGGCCCAAUGAUCCAUUUGUUCCUGCCGCUAAGCUCACCUCAGCACUGGCUGCUCAGCUUCAGAUUCCCAUCAAGUUUGAGUAUACUAAUGGUGUGGUUGGAAAGGUAUUUGCCCCUGCAGGAGUCUCCCCUACAGUCAUGAACUUCCACAGAGGCAUCCUCAACAUCCUUCAGCUCAACCUCAAGAAGACCCAGAACAUCUAUGAACUGCAAGAGGCUGGAGUUCAGGGAGUGUGCAGGACCCACUAUGUCAUCAGUGAGUCUCCAAAGCCCAACUCUCCAAUUACUGUCACCAAGUCUAAGGAUCUGAGCCUCUGCCAGAACAGAAUCAUGAAGGACAUUGGCUUAGCAUACACUGAGAAGUCUGCUGAAUGCACAGAGAGGGUCAAGAGUCUGAUUGAAACUGCAACUUACAAUUACAUUGUGAAACCAUCUUCCACUGGUGUACUGAUCACUGAGGCAAAAGUUCAGGAAGUUCAUCAGUUUUCACCCUUCAAUGAGAUCCAUGGUGCAGCAAUGAUGGAAGCAAAACAAACCUUGACUUUUGUUGAGAUUGGGAAGAGCCCAGUUGAUCCAAUCAAAGCUGAUUACAUGGCUCGUGGAUCCCUGCAAUAUGAGUUUGCAACUGAGAUUCUUCAGACCCCCAUUCAACUUCUGAAGAUCAGUGAUGCACCAGCCCAGAUUAUCGCGAUCCUUAAGCACCUUGUUGCAAAUAAUGUAGACAUGGUCCAUGAUGAUGCUCCACUUAAGUUUCUUCAGCUCAGCCAGCUCCUGCGUCGUGCCACCCUGGAGAACAUUAAGACUAUCUGGGCUCAGUUCAAGGACAAACCAGUUUACAGGCGCUGGCUCCUGGAUGCUCUUCCUUCUGCUGGCACACCAGUCAUUGUAAGAUUCAUCAGGGAGAAGUUCCUAGCUGAUGAACUUACGGUUCCAGAGUUCAUUCAGGCUUUUGUGGUUGCUCUGCAAAUGGUCACUGCUGAUCUGGAAACAAUGCAGUUGGCAGCUAGUUUGGCUAUGCAUAAGAAGAUAUCCACAAUCCCAGCUCUGCGUGAAGUUGUAAUGCUUGGAUAUGGUUCCAUGAUUGCCAAGUACUGUGUUGCAGUUCCCACUUGCUCUGCCGAUCUCCUCAGGCCCAUCCAUGAGAUUGCUGCAGAGGCAACUUCUAAGAAUAACAUUCCUGAAAUCACUUUGGUUCUUAAAGUUCUGGGCAAUGCUGGUCACCCUGCUAGUCUUAAACCCAUCAUGAAGUUCAUACCCGGACUGAGAAGUGCAGCUACAUCUCUGCCCCUUAGAGUUCAGGUUGAUGCCAUCUUGGCCCUGAGGAACAUUGCCAAGAAAGAGCCCAAACUGGUUCAGCCAGUGGUCCUGCAGCUUGUAUUGGAUAGAUCUCUCCACCCAGAAGUACGCAUGGUUGCUUGUAUUGUGUUGUUUGAGGCCAAGCCAUCAGUGGCUCUUGUCUCCAGUCUUGCUGGUGCUUUGAAGACUGAAACUGACAUGCAUGUUGUGAGCUUUGCUUAUUCCCACAUCAAGUCCUUGACCAGAAUGACUGCUCCUGAUAUGGCAGCUGUUGCUGGUGCAGCUAAUGUUGCCAUCAAGCUCAUGAGCUGCAAGCUAGACAGACUUAGCUUCCGUUUCAGCAGAGCCCUUCAGCUGGACUUCUAUCAUACUCCUCUUAUGGUUGGAGCUGCUGGCAGUGCCUACAUGAUCAAUGAUGCUGCCACCAUCCUGCCCAGAGCUGUUGUGGCUAAAACACGUGCUUAUCUGGCUGGAGCUGCUGCUGAUGUUCUUGAGAUUGGUGUGAGAACUGAAGGAAUCCAGGAGGUUCUUCUGAAAUCUCCUGCUGCAGAUGAAAGUGUUAACCGUAUCACAAAGAUUAAGCGCACCCUGAGAGCACUCACAAACUGGAAGGACUUACCACAAAAUCAGCCAUUGGCUUCAGCCUACAUCAAAUUAUUUGGACAAGAAGUGGCUUUUUUCAAGAUUGACAAGACCAUCAUUGAAGAAGCUAUACGGAUUGUGACUGGACCCAAAGCACGUCAACUGUUGAAGGAGGCACUUGAAGCUUUGCAGAAAGGAAUUGCCUUGCAGUAUGCCAAACCCCUGCUUGUAGCCGAAGUGCGUCGUAUCUUGCCAACCUCAGUUGGUCUGCCCAUGGAGUUCAGUUUCUACACUACUGCUGUUGCUGUUGCGAGUGUCAAUGUUCAGGCCACCAUUACACCUCCUCUCCCUGAGGAGAUUGAGACUAUGACUCUUGAGCAGCUGAAACAGACUGAUGUUCAACUCCAAGCUGAAGCUAGACCAAGUAUUGCUCUCCAGACCUUUGCUGUGAUGGGAGUGAACACUGCCUUGAUCCAAGCUGCUGUUAUGAUGAGAGGAAAGAUGCGUACAAUUGCUCCUGGAAAAGUGGCUGUAAGAGUAGACAUUCUCAAGGGCAUCUACAAGGUGGAGGCUCUGCCUGUUGAGGUUCCUGAACAUAUUGCUACUUUUAGCUUUGAGACACUUGCUGUGGUCAGAAACAUUGAAGAUCCUAGUGCUGAAAGGAUUGCGCCCUUUGUACCUGAGUUGUCCCAGCAAAACCCCCAAAAUUCUUAUGCUGACGAUUCGUCAUCUGAGAAUCAAGAUAGAGUUCCUUUGAAAGCUCCUGCUCCAUUUGACAAGACUCUCUGUCUUGCUGUCCCAUACAUUGAAAUCAAGGGCUGCAUUGAGGUGCACUCUCACAAUGCUGCUUUUAUAAAAAAUGCUCCUCUGUUCUACAUAAUUGGACACCACUCAGCCCGUGCUACAGUCGCAAGAGCUGAAGGUCCUACAGUUGAAAGACUGGAGCUUGAAGUCCGAUGUGGUCCUGAUGAUGGCGGGAGUCAAAUCAGUAUCAUUGAUGAGCAGACUCAAGAAGGAAAGGAUUUCCUGUUGAAACUGAAGAAAAUCCUGGAAGCUGAAGAUAGAAACCAGACCAACUCUUCUGAAAGCAAAAGCAGCAGCAGCAGCAGCAGCAGCAGCAUCAGCAGUCAAUCCCUCAGCGACAGCAGUUCAAGCUCCGCCAGGUACAGGUCUCCCACGACUGAGACUGCCACCAUCAUGGAACAUUUCAGGAAAUUCCGCAGGAACAGGCAUUUGCCACCCCAUAGUGCCUCAAAGAAAGAUAGCAGUGGAAGUACUGAGCGUAUCCAGAGACAGGUUAAUUUCCUCGGAAAAGAAGCUCCACCUCUUUGUACUGUCUUUGCACGUGCUGUGCCAGCUGGCCAAAAGCCGCUGGGCUACCAACUUGGUGCUUACUUUGACAAAUCAACCGCAAGAGUGCAGCUUGUUGCUACUUCCAUUGAUGAAAAUGACAACCAGAAGAUCUGUAUUGAUAGUGUUCUGCGGAGCAAGCACAAAGUCACUACCAAGGUUGCUUGGGGUCCAGAGUGCCAGCAGUAUGCAGUCACUGCUAAAGCUGAGGCUGGUGUACUGGGUGAAUUCCCUGCUGUGCGUUUAGAGCUGGAAUGGGACAGGCUGCCGGUUAUUGUCAUCACCUAUGCUAAAAAGCUGUCCAAACACAUCCCUGUGGCAGCUUUCCAGGCAGGAUUCAGACUUGAAAGAGCCAAGAACAGUGAGAAAGAGAUUGAUCUUACUGCAGCCUUGCCAAGUCAGAGGUCCUUGAAUGUCAUUAUCAGGACUCCAGAGAUGACACUGUCAAGAAUGGCGAUUCCUCUCUCCUUCAAUGUUCCCAUCAAUCCAGAUGGAUCUCCUUCCAUUAAUUUUGAUGAGGACAUUCUCUCAUGGAUCCAGAAAAAAAUCAAGGAAGAAUAAGAUAUAAAAAUAACAUUUUAGAUUUUUCAGAAGAAAAUGUUGAGCUUUGUUAAUGUAUAUAUGAUUGUUCCUUGACAGUUUAAUUGAAAGCAUUACAGUUGUUAUCAUGUACAGUAUAUAAUGCAAUGCAGUCUAAUGCUAAUAAAUACCUUGC